AGGAUCAGCUGAUAAUGUUGUCUUAAAAUAACAAACAAACUUUUGUGUUUUUGUGAUGCUGGCAUGCUCUCAAAAUAUUUGGAGGGAUACUAAAUUAGUGAGUUGCUGUCAGCCCAGUCUGCCUGUUGUCCUUCCUGCAUGCAGAUGAUUUUGGGUAUGUGCAAAGCAUUUGGGGUAUUUUCAGUGUUGGACGGUUUCUGUGACUCGUCUGGCUUUUCCCUGGUGCCGUCGACAGCAGGAUCGGCAUUGCUGGCUGCUCCAGCUCUGGAAGGUUCUGCCGAGAUCCUGAGCACCAAGAGGUGUUGGUGGAAUGAGCGUUGCCUGUGUUUUGAAGAGAAAAGCAGUACUCUGGCAGGACUCGUUCAGCCCCCACCUGAAACAGCACGCUCAAGAUACAGCUAAUCCCAACAUGCCUGUUGUAUUGACAUCUGGAACAGGGUCCCAGGCUCAGCAACAGCCAGCUGCAAAUCAGGCGCUUGCAGCAGGGACGCACUCCAGUCCUGUUCCUGGAUCCAUAGGAGUUGCAGGCCGCUCCCAGGACGACGCCAUGGUGGAUUACUUCUUCCAGAGGCAGCAUGGUGAGCAGCUUGGGGGAGGAGGAAGUGGUGGAGGCGGCUAUAAUAACAGCAAACAUCGCUGGCCUACUGGGGAUAACAUUCAUGCAGAACAUCAGGUACGUUCCAUGGAUGAACUGAAUCAUGAUUUUCAAGCGCUUGCUCUGGAAGGACGGGCUAUGGGAGAGCAGCUGUUGCCGGGUAAAAAGUUUUGGGAAUCUGAUGAUUCCAGCAAAGAUGGACCAAAAGGGAUAUUUCUGGGAGAUCAGUGGAGAGACAGUGCUUGGGGAACAUCAGAUCACUCUGUUUCCCAACCAAUUAUGGUUCAGAGAAGACCUGGUCAGGGCUUUCAUGUGAAUAGUGAAGUCAACUCAGUGCUUUCACCACGGUCAGAGAGUGGAGGACUUGGAGUUAGCAUGGUGGAGUAUGUGUUGAGCUCAUCUCCUGGAGAUUCCUGCCUAAGGAAAGGAGGAUUUGGGCCAAGGGAUGCAGAGAAUGAUGAGAAUGACAAAGGGGAUAAGAAAAAUAAGGGCACAUUUGAUGGCGAUAAAUUAGGAGAUCUGAAGGAGGAGGGGGAUGUGAUGGAUAAAACAAAUGGUUUGCCUGUGCAGAACGGAAUCGACGCAGAUGUCAAAGACUUCAGCCGUACACCUGGUAAUUGCCAGAACUCUGCUAGUGAAGUAGAUCUUUUGGGUCCAAACCAGAAUGGAUCAGAGGGCUUAGCCCAGCUGGCAAGUACUAAUGGUGCUAAGCCGGUGGAGGAUUUCUCCAACAUCGAGUCCCAGAGCGUCCCUCUGGAUCCCAUGGAGCACGUUGGCAUGGAGCCUCUUCAGUUCGAUUAUUCUGGCACUCAAGUACCUGUGGACUCGGCUGCAGCCACCGUGGGGCUCUUCGAUUACAAUUCCCAACAGCAGUUGUUCCAAAGACCGAAUGCACUUGCUGUUCAACAACUAACAGCAGCGCAGCAGCAGCAGUACGCGUUGGCAGCUGCCCAUCAGCCUCACAUAGGUAUGUUUUCAGCAGGUCUAGCUCCUGCUGCCUUUGUCCCCAAUCCAUAUAUCAUCAGCGCCGCUCCUCCAGGAACAGAUCCCUACGCAGCCGGACUCGCAGCAGCUGCGACACUAGGUCCGGCGGUUGUUCCUCACCAGUACUAUGGAGUUACACCCUGGGGAGUUUAUCCCGCCAGUCUCUUCCAGCAGCAAGCUGCCGCAGCUGCCGCUGCAACUAAUUCGGCAAAUCAGCAGACCACCCAGCAAACCCAGCAGGGCCAACAACAGGUUCUACGCGGAGGAGCCAGUCAGCGUCCUUUGACCCCAAAUCAGAACCAGCAGGGACAGCAGACUGAUCCGCUGGUGGCUGCUGCAGCCGUCAAUUCUGCCCUUGCUUUUGGACAAGGGCUGGCAGCGGGGAUGCCAGGUUACCCAGUGCUGGCUCCUGCUGCUUACUACGACCAAACAGGUGCUCUCGUGGUGAAUGCAGGGGCCAGGAACGGCCUGGGGGCCCCUGUCCGUCUGGUAGCCCCCGCUCCGGUCAUCAUCAGCUCCUCCGCAGCGCAAGCAGCGGUUGCAGCGGCUGCAGCUUCGGCCAACGGUGCAGCGGGUGGCCUGGCAGGAACGACAAACGGACCAUUUCGCCCUCUAGGAACUCAGCAGCCCCAACCCCAGCCCCAGCAGCAGCCCACCAACAACCUGGCAUCCAGCUCGUUUUAUGGCAACAACUCUCUCAGCAGCAAUUCCCAGAGCAGCUCGCUCUUUUCUCAGGGCUCUGCCCAGCCUGCCAAUAAUUCCCUGGGAUUUGGAAGCAGCAGCUCUCUCGGUGCCACGCUGGGGUCUGCGCUGGGAGGAUUUGGGACAGCAGUUGCUAACUCCAACACGGGCAGUGGCUCCCGCCGAGACUCCCUUACAGGGAGCAGUGACCUGUACAAGAGGACAUCCAGCAGUUUGACACCUAUAGGACACAGUUUUUAUAAUGGCCUUGGGUUUUCCUCCUCUCCUGGACCUGUGGGAAUGCCUCUGCCCAGCCAAGGACCUGGCCACUCUCAGACUCCACCACCUUCCUUAUCUUCACAUGGAUCAUCUUCAAGUUUAAACCUGGGAGGGCUCACAAAUGGGAGUGGCCGUUACAUCUCUGCUGCUCCUGGGCGCUAUGGGAUGUCUGAUGUUAUGCCCUCUGGCCGAAGCAGGCUGCUUGAAGACUUUCGCAAUAACCGGUACCCUAAUUUACAGCUGAGGGAGAUUGCUGGUCACAUCAUGGAGUUCUCCCAAGAUCAGCAUGGAUCCAGGUUUAUUCAGCUGAAACUGGAGCGUGCUACCCCAGCAGAACGUCAGCUUGUGUUCAACGAGAUCCUCCAGGCAGCUUAUCAGUUGAUGGUCGAUGUAUUUGGAAAUUAUGUCAUCCAGAAGUUCUUUGAAUUUGGCAGCCUGGAACAGAAGUUAGCCUUGGCAGAACGUAUCCGUGGGCAUGUUCUGUCCCUGGCCCUGCAGAUGUACGGCUGUAGGGUGAUCCAGAAGGCCCUCGAGUUUAUUCCCCCAGACCAGCAGGUAAUUAAUGAGAUGGUACGGGAGUUGGAUGGCCAUGUCCUGAAGUGUGUGAAAGACCAGAACGGUAAUCAUGUGGUGCAGAAGUGUAUUGAGUGUGUGCAGCCUCAGUCCCUGCAGUUUAUCAUUGAUGCGUUUAAGGGGCAGGUUUUUGCGUUGUCUACACAUCCAUAUGGCUGUCGCGUGAUCCAGAGGAUCCUCGAGCACUGUCUUCCUGAGCAGACCCUUCCCAUCUUGGAGGAACUUCACCAACACACCGAGCAGCUUGUUCAGGAUCAGUAUGGGAACUAUGUUAUCCAGCAUGUACUAGAACAUGGUCGGCCUGAGGAUAAGAGCAAGAUUGUAGCAGAAAUUAGAGGCAACGUGCUCGUGUUGAGUCAACAUAAAUUUGCUAGCAAUGUGGUGGAGAAAUGCGUUACUCACGCCUCCCGUACGGAGCGUGCCAUGUUGAUCGAUGAGGUGUGCACUAUGAAUGAUGGCCCUCACAGUGCCUUAUACACCAUGAUGAAAGAUCAGUACGCCAACUAUGUGGUACAGAAGAUGAUCGAUGUGGCAGAACCUGCUCAGCGGAAGAUUGUCAUGCACAAGAUCCGGCCUCACAUCGCGACCCUGCGUAAAUACACCUAUGGCAAACACAUUUUGGCCAAGCUGGAGAAGUACUACAUGAAGAACGGGGUGGACCUCGGGCCCAUUUGUGGACCCCCAAAUGGCAUCAUUUGAGGCGGCGGCCUGGGGGAGGAGAGCUCAGUGGCCAUCCGGCAUCUACAACCAGCAACCGACAAUAUUCCAGUAUACAGUUAGAACGUGUUUUAUGGUUGCUAAAAAAAGAGAAAAAGAAAAAGCCUUUGUAAAUUUCUUUAAUUUUAUUAUGCAUAACAUGUACUAAUUAUUUUUUUUAAUUAACUAAUUGCCCUGCUGUUUUACUGGUGUAUAGAAUACUUGUACAUAGGUAUCAAAUGUACAUGGAAGGCCACAUUUUUGUUCACUGUUGUAUCUAUAUUCCAAAUGUGGAAACUUUCAGGGUGGUUGGUUUGAAGAAAACAAACAAAAAAACCCGUUUUUAAUUCAUCUGCCUUGCAGGCAACUUUUUUGCAAAUACCUGGGUUUUUUUCUCCUUUUAGUCAAAAGUCAGCAAGAAGUUUGAAUUUUAGUUAAAUGGCACAAUAGCUGCAUUUAACGCUGUUUAUAAAUAAAUAAAAAAUUCAACUUGCUAAAGCUUCAGUUCAAAAAAAAAAUUAAGUUUUUGAAACUUUUUAAUUGCUUUUUUUAAUUUUUUUUUUUUUUGAGUAGAACAUGCUAAAGGAGGUAGCUUAGCUGGCGUUUUUUUGGGGAAGAAAACGUGCACACCCAGAAAGUUUUUAAAGCGCGAGGGGGUGGGGGGCGGGUGUACCUGUUUACUGCCUACUCGGUUUGUUCUGUUAACAUUGAGAGACACAAUUUGAUUAUUUAGCAUGAGGAAAAAAAAAAAUCCAACUCAGCUUUGGUCUUGCUUCUAUAAAUAUAUAGUGUAUACUUGGUGUAGACUUUACAUAUAUAAAAAUUUGUAGUAUUUUCUUGUUUUGAUGUCUGAUCUGUAUCUAUAAUGUACCCUAGUAGUGGAACAUACUUCUGACUGUACAAUUGUACAUUUGUAAACCUCUGUAAUGUAAAUGUGGAGAAGUUUGAAUCGACAUAAACCCGUUUUUUGGUAAGAAAAAAAAAAAAAGAAUUAGCAAAACCUGUGCAUUUCAGUGUAUAUUCACACCUUUUAUGGUCGUAGCAUAUAGUGUUGUAUAUUGUAAAUUGUAAUUUCAACCAGAAGUAAAUUUUUUCUUUUGAAGGAAAUGUUCUCUUUAUACAGCCUAGUUAAUGUUUAAAAAGAAAAAAAAAUAAAUGCUUGGUUUUAUUUGUCACCUAGUUGAAGAGUAGCGAUCCUUUCUAAAUGUUAUACAGAAAAUGAUUCAGUUCAAAAUAGUGUUUUUUUGACUCUUAAAAAGUAAUGUUUUGCUUAUUUUGUGACAGUAAGAAACAAAAAGUGCAAAAGUACAGACUCCCCUCGUUUUCCUUACAAUCAGAGUCCCUUUCCACCUUGUAAAGUGUGAAUCACCUUCCCUUUUUGUACAGAAGAUGAACUGUAUUUUGCAUUUUGUCUACUUGUAAGUGAAUGUAACAUACUGUCAAUUUUCCUCGUUUGAAUAUAGACUUGUAACACUACACGGUGUACAUUUACAGAGCCUUGUGUAUAUUUCCAAUGAACUUUUUUGCAAGCACACUUGUAACCAUAUGUGUAUAAUUAACAAACCUGUGUAUGCUUAUGCCUGGGCGACUAUUUUUUGUAACUCUUGUGUAGAUUGUCUCUAAACAACGUGUGAUCUUUAUUUUGAA